GCCCGUCGCCCCGCUUCGGUUUCCGCUGCUUGCGCCGUACUAGUACUUUACUUGCAGUUCCGGAGGAGUUGGUUCUCGGAUCGAGGGCUGGCGGCGGCGUCCGGCGGGGAGGGGGGGAGAGGGAGGGAGCCAUGCGCACCAAGCACCUCAUCCCGAACCACGCCGCGGGGCUCACCUACGCGGCGCGCGACCACGCCGCCCGCGAGGACUACGGCGGGGGCGACGGAGGCGGCGGCGUCAGCGGCGGCGGCGACCCGUUCGAGGGCUUCCCGGACGCGGUGCUCGGGCUGAUCGCCUCCAAGCUGCCCUUCCGGUCCGCGGUCGCCGCCUCCGCCAUCUCGCGCCGGUGGCGCAGCGCGGCCGCCGCCGCGCCCGCGCUCGACAUCGACUUCGCCGCGGCGUUCCCCGCCGCGCCGCGCCGCAGGGCGGCGUUCGCGGCCGCCGCCACCGCCGCGCUCGCGCCGCCGAUCCCGCACCCGCUCCGCAGCCUCCGGCUCGCGCUCGAGGGCCUCUUCGACCAGGCGUUCGCCGCGGCCGCGGCCGGCCACCUCGCCUCGUGGCUCGCCGCCGCCGCCGCGCGCGGCGUCGAGCGGUUGGAGCUCCGCCUCCCGCGCUCCCGCCUCGCCGUCCUCCCGCCCUCCCUCCUCGCCUGCACCGGCCUCACGUCCCUGACGCUGCGCCUCGACCACUACGCGCUCCCUCUCCCUUCGCUUGCCCCAUUCACCCGCCUGUCCCGCCUCCACCUCGCGUCCGUUUCGCUCACUGGGGACGAUGACUUCUUCGGGGACCUCCUGUCGCACUGCACCGAGCUCCGAUACCUCAUCCUUGAACAAUGCCGCAUUGUUGCGCUCCGCCUUGUCGGUCCGUCGCGGCUGCGCUCGCUCGCGAUCACGGACUGUUUGUGGACGCAGGAGUCGUCUCUCGCCGUCUUAGAGAUGCCAGAGUUGCGCUCUCUCCGUUACUCAGGUGCAAUGGCAACCAGGCACAUUAUCGAUGGCGACGUUUCUUUGGACGAAGUCCUUCUCGCCAUCGAGAAGCCACAGGUGAAGCCCCGGGAGGCUACUCUCAGAGAGCUUCUCACUUUGGUUGGCAACGUACGGAGCCUUUUGCUUUCACCCUGGUGCAUUGAGCAAUUUGCUCGGGCGGAGGACUUGUUGAAGGUGCGGUUAGACAGGGUGAGGCAGUUGUCAUGCAUAAUUGAGAGGAGGGAAGAAGGUGCUUUAUCCAUUGCACCAUUGCUCUCAAAUUGCAGGAAUGUUGAAGAGCUCUGUGUGUCUGUUGUGCCAUCGCAGGGGAAACAGAGACGGUGUGGUGAUGGAGAGUGUCAUGGUGUUCCACGUAGUAAGGGGGUGACAGUGAAGCAUCUCAAGGUUGUUAGGAUGCAGUACAUUGAUGAGAGCAAAAGUGGAUUGGAACUGGUGAAGAUCUUGCUCAAGAAUGCACCAGCAUUGGAGACAAUGAACAUUGUGCCUUCCAUGGAUGGCCUUGAGCAGGCCAAGUUUAGGGGCAGGGUGUUGAAGUUCAGGAAGUCCUCUCAGAAUGCCAGAAUCCAGUUUUGCACAGCUGGAUGAUGCGUAGUCCAUAAGCGAGGCCUAAUGUUGCAAUCCAGGAAGAGGGUAGGCUAGAUGACAGAUAACCCAAGGUCCCAAGCAACCAGCGCCUCAGGUGCUCUCGCAAACUAAAACAUGUACAGGAUGUAGGGAGCCAGUGCAGGUUGGAGUGGCCCAUAGUUCGCAGUAGCCCCUGUAGUUUCCAUGCUCGGAUUCUGGUAAGUGGCCAAACUCUCUGACUGCAUCAUUUCUUCAUUUCGAUGUAUAAACACUGAUGCUGAGUCCAUGAUUUACCUGAAAGAGAAAAAAACUGAACCCUGAGUCAUGACUCAUGAGUCCUGAUAAACAGGAUAGUUGCCAGUUGUCUUGUAGUGUGUGAGUUCUGAUGAAUUGAGCCUGCUAUUCUCAUUCCCAUAUUCCAGGAGUAUUUCAUAGUCAUGUUGCAUGAACUGUCUUGAUGAGCUCCAUGAUACAAAAGGGAAAGCGAUGAUGUUGACGUGACGGACAAUAACGUUGUGCUGUUACGAGUUAAAGCGCCCGGUUGUCUUGUGCUCAAGCUAUGAAAUCAGCCUUUUUCUGUUUUCCUAUUGAAGAAAUAGUGCACGCUAUUGAAUGCUAGGGCAACCAGAAUAUCAUUUUCAGAAGAGAUGAAACAUCGAGGAAAUCGGCCGGCCUUCCCUCUCCUGAAAUGCAAAUGCUCUGCGUGACAAUCUGAAUUUCUUUUCUGAACUGAAUCAAACUGAAUGAAUAUCUGUACUGCCGAUAUUUACCUGCCACCCUUGUUCUUGCUGUUCUGUUCAUGCUUCAAAUUCUGC